UGAGGCGCUUUUCUCCACGUCGGCGGUACAGGCGCACUGUGUUCUUCCACCUGCGGGGGGGGGACAUGUAAAGUCAAGGGAACCAGGAAGACAGGAGUUUAUAGGACAUCUCAUAAUUACCGAUUUUAUGUUGGGAUUUGGCAAAAACAAGCGUCAUGAGUAUGUUUAAAAAACUGAAGCAGAAGAUCAGUGAGGAGCAGCUCCCGCACAGGACUGUCUCAUCGCCGGCACAUCAGACUCCUCCUAAAUCUGCAGCACAGCCUCCUGCUAAUAGGAGUCAUGCCUCAUCCUUAUCUAGCCGGCAGGAUGAAAGCACACUUACUCCAGAUGACAGAGAGCUGCUAGCUGGGAUGAUAGCAGAGCCUUCUUUUCUCUCUGAAUAUACUAUCUUUGCUCUGGACCAUACCAAACGACCUAAAGCAGAUCCAAUUGACAGUGUGAAUGUUAUGAAACCAGACUCUCCACACCCAGUGCUCGACAGCAGCAUUAAUGGAAAUGAAAUGAGCCCAGUACAGAAGGCAGAGACACAGUCCUUUGCCCAGAAACUUCAGCUUCGUGUUCCUUCUAUGGAGUCUCUUUUUCGCUCUCCCUCUAAGGAGUCUUUGGUGCGCACAGCCUCACGGGAAUCCUUGAAUCGCCUUGUGGACAAUGAUCCUCCUGGAACCCCGACUUAUGAUCCCCCCUCAGAUAUUGAAAGUGAAGCAGAGGACUCCUUAGGCAGCAUGGAAAGCCUAAACAAAGAACAGCUACUUCAAAGAUUACGCAGGAUGGAAAGAAGCUUGGGCAACUACCGAGGAAAAUAUUCAGAGUUGGUCACUGCCUACCGGACGGUACAGCGUGAUAAAGAAAAGGUACAGUCAAUACUGAGCCAAAGUCAAGAUAAAGCCCUUCGCAGAAUUGGUGAGCUUCGAGAGGAACUUCAGAUGGACCAGCAGGCUAAGAAGCAUUUACAAGAGGAGUUUGAUGCAGCUUUGGAAGAGAAAGAUCAGUUCAUCACUGUGCUCCAGACACAGGUAGCCUUGCUAAAGCAGAGAUUACAUGGUACUCAUAAUACCAUUGAUGUGCCUGUAGAAGAUGUAAAGAACACAGAGGGUCACAACGUAGCAUCUACUCCUCUGAGCCCCACUAUAGACGUAAUUGCAGAGAACAGCAGCCAGCCUGAAGAUAACCCUUUGAAUGUGGAAGCCCUUCAGAAAAGAGUUAAGCGACAGGAAAACUUGCUGCAAAGGUGUAAGGAGAUGGUUCGCACUCAGAAAGAGCGCUCAUUGCAGUUGAGCAGUGAAAAAGAUGCUCUGCAAGAGCAACUGCAGGAGCGUCUUCAAGAGCUGGAGAAAAUGAAAGAACUUCACACCAGUGAAAAGACUAAACUAAUUACUCAGCUUCGGGAUGCCAAAAACUUGGUUGAGCAGCUAGAGCAAGACAAGGGCAUGGUAAUUGCAGAAACUAAAAGGCAGAUGCAUGAAACUCUUGAGAUCAAGGAAGAGGAGAUUGUACAGCUUCGUUCUCGACUACAGCAGAGUACAGCAGAACUUCAAGAACUGAAAGAACAGAAAGAGAAGGUAGAGAAAUCUGCUUUUGAAGAGCUGGAGAAGGCACUGAGCACCACUAAUAAAGUAGAAGAGGAGACACGCCGUCAAUUGAAAGCCCAAAUGGAAGCACAGAUAAAGGCCAUAGAGGCUUCCAGUGAAGAGGAGAGGAAGAGCCUGCAGCAGGAAUUGACAAGAGUUAAACAAGAGGUGGUCGGCAUCAUGAAGAAAUCAUCUGAAGAUCGAAUUGUGGAGAUUGAGAAGGUACACUCAGAAACACUGGCCAGCAGAGAGGAAGAACUAAAACUGAGACUUGAAACACGAGAAGCUGAAUUUCAAGAACUGAUGCGAAUGGAAUUGGAAAAGUGUAGAAAUGAGUAUACACACAUGAUUCAGGAUAAAGAGCAGCAGUCAGCUUUGGCAUUAGAAGAGUUGGAGCUCCAGAAAUCCGCCCUUCAGUCCCAAAGUGAGAGUAAAUUGCGUGACAUGCAAGAAGAAAUGGAAGCACUCAGGACGAAGGUACUUGAACUAGAAAGUUUCCAGGCAAUGGCCUCUGAGGGUGCGGUACAAUUAGAAGCAGAGAAGGACAGACAUCAGGAAGAACAUAAGGUUAAAAUUGAAGAACAAUACAAGGAGCUUGAAAAAGUUAGAAAAGAAUCUGAGGAAAAGCAAGAAGCCUUACAACAAGAACAUUGUUCUGUCCUGAAGGAGCUACAGGAUAAACAUCAGCAACUUGAGGCUUCUCUGAAGGAAAAGGAGUCCCAGUUUCACGCCCAUAUUGAGGAGAUGAACCAAAAAACUCUAGAAAAAUUGGAUGUCAAGCAGAUGGAGCUUGAGGCACUCUCAGCUGAACUGUCUGAAGCAUUAACAGCACGGACCUUUUUAGAAGCUCAAGUGUCAGGUUUGAGUAAGACCAUAGAGUCAAUGAAAGUAGAGUAUGAGAGAAAAUUAGAGCAGGAGACGUCCCACUACAUAGCAGAACUGAAUGGUCUGAAGACCCAGCAUGAGCAGUCUUUAGGGGGAAUGGAGAAGACACUGAAAGAAGAACUUAACAACCUGAAAAUGGUUCUAGAGGAUAGAGAGAAGCAACUUGAGGUGCUCCAGUUAAAGGAACAGAAGCAAAUAGAAUACUCUGAAAAAGCCUGUCAGGAAUCUACUUUGAAACUGGAGGAGAUUGCAAACUGCCACCGUAACCAGCUCCAGGGGGCAUUAGAUGAAAAGAGAGUUGUAGAGGAACAGUAUCAGAAACUUGAACAACAGUUGGAAGAGUUGAGGGAAAAUCUUAAAAAUGUGUUGUCUGAAAAAGAGUCCCUCAUAGAAGCCAGUGCUAAACUGAAACAAUUGGAUUGUGAAGUAGAAAGCUACAAGAGCCGAGUCCAAGUCCAGGAGAAAACAUUAGCAGAGAUACAGACAGACUCAGACCAGAAGAUGUCUUCACUACAAUCACAGCAUGCUGUUGAAAUCGGAGAUUUGCAGCACCAUGUGGAAGAGCUAAAAAGGAACCUGGAACAAGAAAAGAAUUCUGUUGCUGAUAUGUUGGAGGAACAACUUCAGCAGAAAAAAAUGUUCACCCUAAAGUUUGAUGAACAGCACUCAAUGCAUGAGCAAAGACUGGAUGCCACAAAAACUGAAUAUGAGAAUAAGAUUAGAGUAUUGGAAGGGAAAAUGGACAAAAUAAAGCAGAAGGCCAAAGAGAUGCAAGAAAAGUUUAAGCAGAGGCUGUCAGAACAGGAGUCCAACCUAAAGGAGGAGCUUGGCAAAAGGCAAAAGGAAAUGAUAGAGAAAGAGAAAAAUUACAAUGAAAAGAUGACACAGAUGGCAAAAGCCAGUUCUGCAGGCCUUUCUGAUGCAGUGUCGCAAUUAGAUUCUGCUCAGAAGGAGCAGAUGGAGAAUUUACAGGCAGCACAUCGAAGAGAGCUGGAGGAUCUGAACGAAGACUGGAGGAAGAAACUCAAACAUCAGGAAGAGCAGAUGGUAGAGAAGCAUGAAUCUGAACAGCAAGAAAAAGUCUUGGAGUUGAAAGAGGUCAAAGAAAAGCUAGAAUCUCUACAGGAGGAGAAGGAGCGUUUUUUGCAAGAAGUGAAUCGCCUUCGUGAAGACUUGGUUAUAAGAGAGACUACAGUACAGAAACUACAGACAGAGUUAAAGGAAGCUGCGGGGCAGGUGGAAACUUUGUCCAAAGGGGAUGCUAUGCUUAAGGAGCAGCUUGAAGGUAUCGAGAAGAACCUGAGCCAAGCUUUAAGUGAACGAAAUACACUGCAGGACCAACUGGUAAAUAUGGAGGAUGAAAGCAAGAAUAAGAUUAAUGAAUUAAUGAGAAAGCUAGAACAGGCCAAUGAAGAAAUUGUUACUUUGAAAGACUUGCACAGCAGAGAUGGUGCAGAUCAUCAGAAGGUACUUGAUGAGAAAGUCCUUGAAAUUCAAACGAGAGAAGAGGAGUUCAAAAAGCUGUUAUUAAGAUUGUAUAAUGAAGUCUGCUCUAAGCUUGAAAUUAGUGUAGCCGAAUUAUGUGAUAAGUUCAACCUUAGACUCCGCUCCCUUAACGAGAGAAUAAUUGGAAACCAAAAAAGAACACUACUGCUUAAAGAUAACAUCCUAUCAAAGCAGGAUAGAAUUCACUGUUUAGAAGAGCAUCUUCAGAAUCAGGCAACAGAAAAGGGACUUCUAGAUGAUUCAUUGCAGCAGAAGAUGUGUCAGUUGCAGGAAAAAGAAAACCAAAUCAAAGCCUUAGAAGUGGAAAAAGAUUCUUUAAAAGAGGAUAGCAGUAGGUGUUUGCAGAGUUUGACAGAAAAAGAAGUUUAUGAGCAGCAACUCAGGAAGGAAUUGGCUGAUGCUGUUGAGGAGAAAACCUCUACCUUGGACAAACUGAAAGAAGAAAAUGGUCGUAUCUCCAUUCUGGAGAGUGAAAUUGUGGCAUUGGAAACCAAGUUAGCAAGCAGCGUAAGCCUCAUAGAGAAGGAAGAAGCUGUUUCUGAACUCACUAAACAGCAGCAGGAAGAGCACAAGAGCUUAGCAUAUCAAAUUCAAAUGCUAACGGAGAGUUUGGAUGCCUUAAACCAAGACAAGACUGCGGCUGUUAACCAUGCAGAGCAAUGGAAGAACAAGCUCUCUGACUGGAAGAAAAAAGCAGAGUCUAAGUUUACUCAAAGCCAAUCCACAAUUAAAUCUUUGCAAAGUAAACUAGAUGAGGCAGAAAAGCAGCUCAGGAUUAAAGGUGAACAGCUGGAGCAGCUUACUGCAAAUACUGAAAAGCAUAUUCUCAGUAAGUCUGAGGCAGACCAGAUGGUGAAAGAGAAAGAAAAGCAGAUAGAAGAAUUAACUAUAGAGAUACAAGACUACAAUGCAAGACAGAAAAAACUGGAAGAGGACUUACAGCAAUUGAUAGCAGAAAUGCAGCAGAAGAACCAUGUAACUGAAACAGAGAAAAAAGAGCUUCUUGUGCAGCUUCAGGAGGCAACGACACAGGUCUCUGAUAAAAACAACAUUAUUGAUAAAAUGGAGAUAAAAUUGAAAGACUUGCAGAAUUUGUCUGAAUCACUUCAGAAGCAGAUUCAGACUCAGCAAGAAAAUUUUGAGAACAGCCAAGCUGAAACUAUGCAAAACAAGAAGGAUGAGAUGAAAGCUAUCGAAGACCGGUUUUCUGCAGAGAAUGCAGUCAAGUUGACUGAUUUGAAAAAGAAAGCAGAGCAGAAGAUUGCUAUGCUAAAGAAGCAGUUUACCACCCAGGUAGAGGAAAAGGAACUAGAGAUUAGGAACCUAGAGGCAGAGAUGCAGACACUGAAGGACAAACUAUGUGCGGAACAAGAGACCAUUAAGGAUUUACAAGACCAAACAAGGGAAUCCCAGAACAGCAAGGAAGAAAUGAAGAUCCUUUUGGAGAAAGCAAAAGAAGUCAGUGAGCUGGAGAAAGAAAUAUGUUUGCAGAACCUCAAGGAGGUGUAUGAGGAGAAAAUAUGCUCUCUUCAGAAUGCCUUAGCUAUCAAAGAGCAAAAAGUUACAGAAAGUCUUAUAGAAAAACAGGAAGCAGAAAAGACUGAAUGCAAUAAGCAAGAGGAGCUACUUGGCAGGCUGCAGGAGCAGGAGGAGGAAAAGCUUCGCCAGGUGACUGAGAUUAAAACUCUGCAAGCCCAAUUGCUCGAACAGAUAGAAAAGCAUUCUGCUCUGCUCUCUCAACAGGAAGAACACAGUGCAGCAUUUGCCGACCUUCAGAAGCAACUCCAAGAGAAAGAGGUGAAACUUCAGGAACUGAAUGACAGUGUAGACAGUUUAGAGAAACACUUGCAGGAAAGAGAAACAUCAGAGAAAUCUUGGGAGCAGAAAUAUAGAGAAAUACAAAAAUUGGCAAGUAAGGAACAAGAGGACUUUGCUUUAGAAAAAGAAUGCUUGGCUAAAGAGCAUGAGGCAAAGUUGAAAAGUCUACAUCAGCAGCUGGGAGAUACAGAGGCACUUUUGGAAGCGUAUCAGACAGGUACUGAAGAGAAAACAAAGGCGGAUGACGACCUUCAGAAACUGAUAUCUGAUAUGAGAACCCAGCAGAAAGAGUUGCACACCAAAUUAGAGGAGGCUGAAAGUGAGAAGCAAAAGUUUCGCAAAGAUGUGUCAAGGCUGCAGAAGGAUAUGAGAUCAUUGCGAAAGGAGCAUCAACAAGAGCUGGAAUAUGUGAAAAAGGAGAUCCAUGAAGAAAAUGAAAAAAAGCUCAAAUUGGAGUUGGAAGACUUAGAAAUGAAGCACAGUUCAACCUUGAAACAGCUAAUGAGAGAAUUUAACACUCAGAUAGCAAAGAAAGACCAAGAGAUGGAGACUGCUGUCAAGGAAGCUAUAAGCAAAGCCCAAGAAGUAGAGGGUGAGUUAUUGCAGUCUCAUCGGGUGGAGGUCAAUCAGUUGCACAAAAGCAUUGUCCAGAAAGAGGAUGACCUUAAUAGAACUGCCAGGAAAUAUGAAGAGAUCUUACAGAGCCGAGAAGAAGAAAUGACAGUCAAAGUGGAUGAACUACAGAAAUUAACAGAAAAGCUUCAGGCUGAGCUGAAUACUGAGAGGAACCAAAAGAUUGAAGGGGUUAAUGUGAAAGAGAUUCAGGCACAACUGGCACAGAAGACUACUCUUCUCAGUGAAGCCAAAUUGAAGGAGCAAGCUUUCCAUGAGAAAAUUCAUACUUUAGAAGAUAAGCUGAAAAUUCUUCACAGAAACUCUGUGGUUACACAUUUUGGAACUCCAUACAAAGAUGGGAAUCACCAUGGUGAUAGUUUAUCUGAACCAACAGAGUUUGAGUACCUGAGAAAAGUGAUUUAUGAAUAUAUGAUGGGUCGAGAGACAAAGACAAUGGCUAAAGUCAUCACUACAGUUCUUAAAUUUCCACCAGAUCUAACUCAGAAGAUUCUAGAGAAGGAAGAUUCUAGACCUCUGUUUGCUUCACCUCACAGUGGCAUCUUCUGACCAAAAAAAGUCAAAUCUUCCAAUGCUUGGUAGCGUGGUGACCUGGCUGCGCUGAUAAUGAGGACUCAACAACGUGUGUACACUUGACUGUGUGAAGAGAUGCAUUGCAAGUCCUGAAGCUGGUGUAUUGGAGCGUGGCUUUUUCCUUUUCCACCUACCUUAUCUUUUUGUUUGAUGAAUUUUGAGAAAUCACCAAGUAGACUAAACCGACCAGGUAGCCCAUCACCUUAGUAAACUGACCAUGAACUGCUGAUGGCCUCCUUGUCACUGUUCUACAUGAAGAUUAAUAUACUGUAAUCAGUAAAGCAAAUCAUGCAUUUAUUCUGGGAAUCUGUGGUUAAUUAAGACUUUUGUUUGGGUUAAAUAUAAUUAUUAUUUUAUUUUACUUGGAGGCUUUUUUCUUUUUUGAAUGAGUACUGUCGGAUGGAUUGUGCAAUAAGUGGAAGGUUUUGCCUAUUAGCCUGUAUGAUAAACAUUUUCACCUGAUAUUUAUACAGCUUCUCCUCUUCUUUGCUCCUUGGCUUUUAUGGAAACGGCACUGGACUGAGGUACCUUGUUUGUCUACCAUUGCUUUUGUACUUUAUAUUUUCUGGAACAUAGAAAUAUUCUACUGUAAAUUGUAAAUAACAUAUCUGUAACAUAGGGCAAAUUGUGAAUGUUGCUAUGUUAAUAAAUUUGGAAAAGAGUUAAUAAAGAUUUUAUUUACAGUA